CCGGAAAGGGAUAAAUAAACAAGAAUUAUCUCCCCUUGGAUAAAAUAGUAAUCCUCAGCUUUGUUUUUACAUAGAUAGUUUCCUGAACAACUAAUUACAAAAUGAGCAAUGUUAGACAAAGAAGACCUAUACAUACCCCACAAGAUGAUCAAAUGGAAGAUGAAGAUGAAAGGAGGAGCCGUGACUCUGGAUUCUGGACACAUGCAGCCUUUGUUGGACUGUUAACAGCCCUGAUUCUUACUCCAGUAAUAUUGAUAAUCAUACCAUCACCAAUUGACCCUGUGAGUUACAGUUUUAAGCCAAGACCAGAAUUAGUAGGGCCACUUGAACCUAACAGCCACUUACAGAAAUCAGAACACAUCUAUGAGGGUCAAGUUUUAGGACCAGAAUCUAUAGUUGUUGAAGGAGAACAUAUUUAUACUGGCACUAUGGACGGUAAAAUUCUUCAUAUCUACAAAGGACAAGUUCAGGUUCUAGCAAAGUUGGGAAAAGAACCAUGUGGAGGUUUUGAUAAUGAGCCAACUUGUGGUAGACCACUUGGAAUGAGAUUAGAUAAGAAUGGCUACCUGUAUGUUAUAGACACAUAUCUGGGAUUGUAUCAGGUCAAUGUUGCUACUGGAGACUUUGUUUUGUUAUGGCCUACCACUGCUGAGAUAAAUGGUAGACCAUCAAAAUUCUUGAAUGAUUUAACAAUAGCUAGCGAUGGCAUGAUAUAUAUGACAGAUUCAAGUGCUAAAUGGGACAGACGUCAUAACAGAUACUGCAUCUUCGAAGGAGAAGCCACAGGAAGACUAAUUUCAUAUGAUCCGAUUACUAAUAUCACCAAAGAGCUAGCAUCAGGAUUAGCAUUUGCAAAUGGUGUACAGAUUUCCAGAAAUGAGGAAUAUUUACUGAUUUGUGAAACAACAUGGGCAAGAAUAUUUAAGUAUCAUCUGAAGGGACCUAAGAAAGGGACAAUGGAAGUAUUUAUGGACAAUCUUCCAGGACUCCCAGACAAUAUCAGACUCAGUAGUGGUGGUGGCUAUUGGAUUGGGAUAGCUACAUUGAGGAGUAAAGUCUAUGAAUUCAUGGCUAACAAACCUUGGUUAAGAAAACUGGUUGCAAAGAUUAUUUCACAAGAAACCAUAAUUAAACUUGUACCAAAAUAUGGAUUGAUAUUAGAAAUCAGUUCAGAAGGGGAGAUAAUUAGAAGCUUACAUGACCCUACAGCAACAAAAGUUCCAAGUGUCAGUGAAGUGGAAGAUAAAGAUGGUGUAUUGUAUUUGGGGAGUUAUUUCUUACCACACAUGUCAAGGUUAUAUCUAGGGAGGCUGAAAACCUGAACUCGGCAAGAUAAUGUUCAGAAUAUCUAGAGGGACUUCAGCAAUUGAAAGAUAACAAGUCAAUUGUUGCUAAAGAUUUGCAUUCCUUGAUUCUGCAUUUUGAAUUUAUGAAAUGUAAAUCUAUAUGAUUAUAAGAAUUAGUAUGGUCAAUAUGCUGUGCUGAGAAAAGAGACAUAUCACAUGUAAAUUUGUAUCCAUAAGAAAAACAAAACAUUGCAUUAUUAUUUUUAUCAUAUUUUUUUGAACCCUGUAUUACAAUUCCACUUUUGUCAAAUGAAUAUAAAUGUAUGUAGUAGGUGCUUAUUUUAUUUACUUAUUCACUUUUUAGCUCAUCGGGGCCCGAAGGGCCCUAUGUGAGCUUAUGCCAUCACUUGGCGUCCGUCGUCGUCGUCUGUCGUCGUAAACUAUUUCAAAAAUCUUCUCCUCUGAAACUACUGGGCCAAAUACCUUCAAACUUUAACUAAAUGUUCCUUAGGGUAUCUAGUUUAUAAAUUGUAUCCGAAGUUUUGAUCCAUCGACAAACAUGGCCGCCAUGGCUAAAAAUAGAACAUAGGGGUCAAAUGCAGUUUUUUGCUUAUAUCUCAAAAACUAAAGCUUUUAGAGCAAAUCUGACAUGGGGUCAAAUUGUUCAAUUGGUCAAGAUCUAUCAGCCCUGAAAUUUUCAGAUGAAUCGAACAACUCAUUGUUGGGUUGCUGCCACUAAAUUGGUAGUUUUAAGGAAAUUUUGCAGUUUUUUGUUAUUAUCUUGAAUAUUAUUAUAGAUAGAUAUAAACUGUAAACAGCAAUAAUGUUCAGCAAAGUAAGAUCUACAAAAAAGUUUUAUAUGACCAAAAUUGUCAAUUGAUCCCUUAAGGAGUUACUGCCCUUUAAAGACAAUUUUACACAAUUUGUUCAUCAAGUUUGCUAACAUUUAAAAAUCUUCUCCUCUGAAACUACUGGGCCAAAUACCUUCAAACUUCAUCUAAAUGUUCCUUUGGAUAUCUAGUUUAUAAAUUGUAUCCGAAGUUUUAAUCCAUUGACAAACAUGGCCGCCAUGGCUAAAAAUAGAACAUAGGGGUCAAAUGCAGUUUUUGGCUUAUAUCUCCAAAACUAAAACUUUUAGAGCAAAUCUGACACGGAUGAAAUUGUUCUAAAGGUCAAGAUCUAUCAGCCCUGAAAUUUUCAGACAAAUCGAACAACCCAUUGUUGGGUUGCUGCCACUAAAUUGGUAGUUUUGAGGAAAUUUUGCAGUUUUUUGUUAUUAUCUUGAAUAUUAUUAUAGAUAGAUAUAAACUGUAAACAGCAAUAAUGUUCAGCAAAGUAAGAUCUACAGAAAAAUUAAAUGACCAAAUUUGUCAAUUGACCCCUUAAGGAGUUAUUGCCCUUUAAAUACAAUUUUAAGCAAUGUGUUCAUCAAGUUUGCUAACAUUUAAAAAUCUUCUUUCUGAAACUAUUGUGCCUAAUACUUCUUAACUUUGAAUGAAUGUUCCUUUAGGAAUCUAGUUUAUGAAUUGUAUCCGAAAUUUUGAUCCAUCAACAAACAUGGCCGCCAUGGCUAGAAAUAGAACAUAGGGGUGAAAUGCAGUUUUUGGCUUAUAUCUCAGAAACUAAAGCAUUUAGAGCAAAUCUGACAUGGGGUUAAAAUGUUCCAAAGGUCAAGAUCUAUCAGCCCUGAAAUUUUCAGACACACCGAACAACCCAUUGUUGGGUUGCUGCCACUAAAUUGGUUGUUUUAAGGAAAUUUUGCAGUUUUUGGUUAUUAUCUUGAAUAUUAUUGAAGAUAAAGAUAAACUGUAAACAGCAAAAAUGUUCAGCAAAGUAAGAUCUACAAAAAAGUUGAAAUGAUAUGAGAAAGGUGAGCAUGCCUAAAAAUCAACAAAAACUGUCAUCGUUUAAAAGUAAUUAGAGAAAGAGAUUCACCACUGCACCUCAUGCAAUGUAAUGUUUUUCCUCUCUUACAAGUAACUUGAAUAUGAAAUUUCACUAGAUGCAAUGAUAAAAUCUAUAUUACACUAAUUUUUUGUGCAUUUAAUUGGUUCUGACCAAUGUGAUGUAUUUAAACAAAGUGCUUGAAAGCACUGAAGGGUAAAGAUUGCUUUAAUUUAUAAGUGGGAAGUAAAAUUAAACAUUGCAUUGUAUAAAGCAUUGGUUGUAGUUGAUUCAACUACAAUUAUGGACAAAGGAGGAUAACUCUAAUUUUAAAGAUUACUUUAACAAUGACAUCAUUGAUAUUUUUAGAACCGAUAUUAGAUUCCUGCACCUUGCACAAUUUAUGUAAUUUUCUUGACAAGUAUAACAUCAUUUUGUAACUUGAAUAUCUGAGCAUAUAUUUCAUUGAUAAAUUUCUGGAAAUGUUCAUGGAUUCGAUGUAUAGAAUGUUAUGAUCAAUGCACUAUAUUUUGUUUAUCUCAAAAGCAGUGAUAAACCUUGGAAGAUUUAGAUAUCAAGUCAGUACCAUAGGAUUUUUAUUGCAUUUCAUGUAGUCUUUACCCAAAAACCACACAUUACUGGUAAACAAAUUGUCACUCAUAUAAAAUUAUUCUAUCAAAGGAGUAAGUUCGGUAAGGCCCCGAUUAUAAAGUUCAAUGUUGUAAGAUGAAAAAUGUUUUAAGUUGACUUAAAGACAUGUGAGAAAGUUAAAUAUAACUUGUUGUUUCAAAGUUUUAUUCUAAAGCGUUGAUUUUUACAUCCCAAAUAGGUCAAGAUUCAAGAUUUUGGCGAAAUUUGACAAAAUCGGCCGGUUUUCAACCAAAAUUAGGAACAGGAAACAUAGAGCGCAGGCGCAGACAAACUAAAUAUUCAAGUUAGAAAUGUAAAAUGUCUUUACAAACAUUAUUUCAAAAGAUCUAUUUUGUCGACGUAUGCACUCUACAUGUUUCCUGUCCAAUAAUCAAUGUAAAUUUGCCAAUUUUCUUUUAUUUUUUCGUGGAAAAUCAAAAUGAGUACUAUUUGUGAUUUAAGAAUAAAACAUAGGUACGUAAAUUUUUAUCAAAAGGCUUAUUUCCUAUCUAGUCACUGUAUUAGCUAUGAUUCAUUGUGAUAUUGGUCAAUAAAUCCUAAUUUGAAAUUUAAGCUAAAAAACGGGGCCAUUUUAGGGCCUUAUCGAACCUACUCCUUUAAUUGAAUAUUUUACUCAAGUCUUUUUAUAUUAAGUCAUUACAGAAACAGAUUCCACCUUUCGACAUCUUAAAUUCUGAUAUUUGUCAAAUCUUGAUAAUUAAAUCUCAUGUUUUACUACAAAUGUAUCUCAAGCGAACAAAUAUUUAAUCCAACUGGGUAUUCGGUAGAAUCUAAAAAUAUAUUUUAAGUUAUAAGUACUGUAAACCAACUUAUUUUCGUGGGUACUUUUUUCAUGCUUAGCCCUUUCUAGCUGACUUUGCAGUGAUUUAUUUUUCGCUAUUUUCUAAUUUUCUUGAUGUAUUUAUAUAAGGAAUAUCCAAGUUGUACAUGUUCAGGAUUGAUAUUUGCUUUUUUUUUUUACGUGAAAGUCACCAAAAUAAAUUGACUGCAAAUUAUUUCUUUUACAUUAUCUUGUUUAAGAUGUGUGGAUGAGUUCAGUGAAAAUUUUUUGAAAAACUGCUGCAUUUGGGACAGUUAGGCUAGACAAUUUUAAUGAACUAAUUUGACUUUUACUCACAUUUGGAUGAAAUAACCCAAAUUGUCAUAUAAACUUGUAAAUUGAUGAGCAAUUUAAAGCUGAUUUAUUUAACAAAAUGAUAUCUGUUAGAUUUUAAUGUGAUUAUGAGUAUUAUUAAUGUUCUUUAUAAAGCAUUUAGUAAUGAAUUGGGCAUUUAAUUUUACUUUGUUUUUUUUUAAUUUAAUUUGUUUACUGGAUCAUAUUCAGAAUGUCUAUUAAAUGUAUUAUCAUGAACUGAACGUCAAUUAUUAACAAAUUUCCUCUUAAAAUGUGAAGGAAGCAAGAAGAAAAUUAUGAAUAUUGUAAGUAGAGGUCACGAGUUAUACCCCUGUACACCUAAACGUAAAAAUUUGCACAGCCCAUUUUGAAGCAGAGAAGUGAUUUAUGUGUGGUACUUUUUAUUUUUAAAUGGAGAAAUUCAUUUGAUUCUAUCUUAUGGUAAUACCAUUGUUUCCAAGUGCAGACGUUGAUUCAAAAGUUUAAAAAUUUUAUAAGGGGAGAGAACUCAAGAACGUUCUGUUGUAUCAUAUAAUGUACUGUAUUUAUAUAUUUUCUUAAGAAAACAAGUAUAAUGACUUCAUAUUUACUUUUUGUUAACUGAAAGCUUGUUUUAGAGAUAUCUUUGAAUAUUUUAUUCAAAGAUUCUAGCUUUUAGUGUACUCCUAGUAACAAGAUAGUGUUUUUUCCAUGUAUAAUCCACACAUAAUAUGAAAAUUUUGCAGUCUGUAACUUAAAAAUAAGCAUGGUUAUCUAAAUCUUUUUUCAUAUUUUUUUUUUAAAUAACAAAAUAUAAACUUUAUUUUGGCACAGCAUAUAAAACUCCAUCAUUUUUUGUUUACACUUCACUUCAAUAGUAUUUCAAUGUUUUCCCUGGAUCACAUUACUUCAAAAUUCAAAAAUUCUUAAAGUGUACUUUGACCCAAUUUAUUUCUAUUUCAUGCAAAACACAUGCUGAAAUAAAUUUGGAAGGUAUAGGGAAAAAAUCAGGACAAAAUACACAAUAAAUACAGACUAAGUUGUAGACCAGGAAAAAAUAAAAAGGACAAUUAUUGUAUCAUUUCACUUAUUUUGUGGCACCUAUAUGUUCGUCAAUAGAAAGACAUUGAUUAUAUAUUUAACAUUUGUAUUAGGAUUUUUUUUUGCUUCAAAGGUGAUAAAAUUUGGAAAAAGGAGUUUUUAUGGUUGUUGUUAUAUUAAUUUGUUUAUGAUUUAAUAAAUAAAAUAUUCCAAAUUGUAAAAA